GACACUCUAUUUAUAUCUCGACCUCUGUCCAUCCCUCAUUGUACCUCCUAUGCCAACAGAUUGUCAUCUAUACUACAUCCACUUGCAAAGCUCAAGAACAGACAGAUACAAUGAGCGGCAUCAACCAAUCGGACAAAAUCCCCUCUACUGGAAAGCCUGCACUUUUCAAACUGCCAGAAAAAGGCGACUACAGCUUGGGUGCUGAACCGCCUUCUGCAUCCAACCGUCUGACAUACAAUACCGAUGAUGCUUCUACCCUAGAGCGGUUCAAAAUCCGCGAGCUCUGCGAAGGCUGGCCUCUUCACCGCGAUGCCUGCGAAUGGUCUGAUCUGAGGGAGAUUUUCGAUCCCAAGGCCUUCAUAAAUAUCAGCUGGCAGCAAAACUAUCGAGACAAGGCCAUUGAUACUUGGGCUGAAGGGUGGGCUAAGGGUGAAUUCAUUUGCCAUCGGGUCCUGGGUCACGCCGUCGAUAUCAAGGGUGAUCGUGCCAUCGAUAAAAUGAAGUGUACGAUUUCCUGGCGUUUUGCGGAUGAGAAUGGUGUUGAAUGGGAUUGUGACUGGUAAUUCUCCCCUGUCUCAGAUAUGAGUCUACUAACAUGGAUGGUUUUAGUGACUGUCGCUUUGGAUAUUUUUUGAAGAAGCAGCCGCAGGGCUGGAAAAUCCUCU